AUGCAUCGCGAAGGCAAACGCGAAGGUCGAACGAAGAGUGCAAACCAGUAUCUCGCCGGCAAUUUUGCACCUAUCCAAAAAAAAACACUUCCACUCACACCAUGUUUCUACGAAGGAGAGAUCCCAGCUGACCUGGCAGGUGGGCAGUACGUCCGGAACGGUAGCAACCCGCUUAUCACCAAGGACGAGAAUACACGGGUUCAUUGGUUCGAUGGUGUUGGAAUGCUCAGCGGGGUCCUGUUUCCUGAGAAGGGGUCGGAAAUCCAGCCAGAGUUUGUCAACCAGUACUUGGUGACCGACAUUUUCUCCUAUGCGAAAGGCUCGGCUCUCUCAAAACCGUUCCUGUUCAGCAUCUCGAUCCUUAUCGAUCCUUUGGCUUCCGUGCUGAGUAUUGCGUUGCACAUAUUGAGGACUGUCAUCUUGACAAUCUUGUCCCAACUUCCCGGAUCACCAACUCCAGUCAAAAAGACGAGCGCUGCCAACACAGUAGUCCUUUAUCAUGACGGGUGUGCUCUGGCCACCUGUGAAAGUGGGCCGCCCUUACGCUUUGCGCUACCGAGCUUGCAAACCAUCGGCUGGUUCGAUGGAAGGAGGGCAGAAGGAGAGCCCGAAAAGUCUGAGCGGGAGGGUUUCGGAGGAAACGAGAUGAUGACUUUCGUCAAGCAAUGCACAACGGCUCAUCCUCGAACACAUUCUGUGACGGGAGAGCUGAUUGCUUUUCAUGCCUCUUUGGUAAGGCCAUUUGUUCAUUACUUCAUCAUUACAAAAGCCAAGUCAGGUCGUCAGCCUCUUCUCACGGCCCCUGUUCCGGGAAUGACGUCUCCAAAGAUGAUGCACGACUUUGGUGUAUCCAGGGGCUAUACCGUCAUCAUUGAUAUGCCCCUCUGCUUUAACCCCUUGAACCUCCUGAAAGGCUCACCGGUGCUGUCGUUUGAAAGCUCUCGGAAGUCGAAGUUUGGAGUAUUUCCGCUAUAUCAACCUGAAGCAGUCCAAUGGUACGAAAACAACCCCUGCUCGCCAGAAGGCAAGCCCGUCCCGCCGAAAUAUGCUGAGGAACAACAAUGUCGACUGUGUUACUACAGCUUCCCGUUUUCACCAGUCAGCCAUGCGCAACCACCCGGAACAAAAAACCAAUGGGCGUUGUCGGCCAUCGAGCUCGAGUUCCCGAACGUGUCGCCACUAUCUGUAAUGUCGGAGGCACAGUAUGUGUAUGGUUGUUCGGCGAGGUCAGUGUGUUACUCGGUCGAGCUGGGGAAAGCAGCCAGGAUCGAAAAUCUCGCAAAAAUCAACGCCAUAGAUCUGAUACAAAGAGGCCUUGAGACGCAGCCGCAACCGAUCAAGGGGUGUGUCGACAAACGGUCUAUUCAAGAGAUCCUUAAGUCCAGCGAUCCCGACCCAAUCCAGCUUUUUGCAAUGCUGAAGGGGUGGUAUGCUCAAGAACCCCGAUUCGUUCCGCGCUCGAAUCCCAUAUCAGAAGAUGACGGGUUUGUACUCAGCUUCGUGUUUGAUGAAAGCCAGCUGGACGAGCGAGGGUCGUGCCGAGACGACGCAAUCGGUGAGUUGUGGGUGACAGACGCGAAGGAUAUGAGAACGCUUUUGGCGCGUAUCAAGCUUCCGCAGAGGGUGCCGUAUGGGUUUCAUGGGUGUUGGUUCAGCAAGGACGAAGUGAUGGCACGGCGGCCAUACACAACCCGAAAAUUGACUGAGGAGGGUGCGGGCAGUUGGGUUUGCGUUGCCAUGUCUAAAUUGGAUCGUAUUCGUAACUGUACGUCACCAACCAACUGGUCUCGGCGAGAAUAUAGCGUGAAAAUUGCUUCCAUAAUCAACAAUCUGUCAUUUGUCAUGACUCCAUUCUCCAGAACCAACACUGGAUUGAACAAUGAACUAGUAGCUGUGUCACGGAGCCACGAAUCCAACCCCAGAGCUCGGAUCCAAACAAUGCGAGAUACAGGCAACGAUCCCGCUCCAGGCACCCAAUCCCACAUCGCCUCUUCUGACAUGUUGGCAGAAAACACGCACCCGUGGCUACUUGCCCUCACGGCGGUAAUUCCAACCGUCUAUGCUUCUCGACGCGGUUCAACAAGUGAAUGUUCCCCCGUCUCCUUCGACAUUGUAGCCACCGCCGAAAAUGCCAUCUUGUCUCCAUCUUACGACCCCAGCAAUGAAACGUCCAUCAUUAACUUCAUCAACGCAAUGGCCAGGGGCGAGGUGAACCCCGUUGUCGGGUCUCAGAACAUCAGCGGCUCCUUCGUCAUCAACGGCAUCUACUGCAAGCCCACCAAAAAGGUCAAGAAAAAACGCAACGCCCUUCAAAUAUUGGUUCACGGCAUCACCUAUAACAGCAGCAUGUGGGGUGGGUAUCACUUUGGUGACCGCUACAACUGGCACGCCUACGCUAAUGGAGAGGGGUAUCACACCCUCGCCAUUGACAGACUUGGCCACGGCCUCAACUCAAAGGCAUUGGACCCGCACAAUGUGAUUCAACCUAUGCUCCAGGUGGAGAUUUACAAGGAGCUGAUCCAGUCUAUCCGUUUCAACACCGCUGCCAACUCCCUUCGGAAGAGGUUUUCCAACAUCAUCUGGGUAGAUAAAAAGGUCGGCCACUCCUACGGCUCCCAAAUCGCCCUCCCACUCGCACGCCUCUGCCCAAAUCUCACCUCAGCCCUGAUCUUGACAGGCUGGUCCUCCACCACCAACCUCAGCGAGGUGCAAAAGUUCAAUCUCGCCUCUGCUUCUACUCUUUAUCCCUCUCGGUUUCCUGGCCUGGAUAAAGGCUACCUAGCCAUGGCUGACGAGGCCCUACGUGCAAAAAUGUUUUACUAUGGUGCUUACGACCCAGCAAUCCCCGCGUUUGACUUUGCAAACCAGGAUAUUGUCACGAUUGGUGAGUUUGCCGCUAAUGCAGGACCGUUUGGGAUACCGCCUGCCGCGUACAACAAGCCGGUUAUGGUUAUUACUGGUGUGGAAGAUGGUGUGUUUUGCGCCCAACCUGGAGUCGCAGCAAGGGAGUGUGAGGAGUUGUUGGAGAAGACGAGGACAGACAUGUUUCCGGGUGUGCCGGGGAGGAAGUAUGAGUAUUUUGCGCCGAGGAAUACGGGGCAUGAUUUGACGCUUCAUUAUUCGGCCAGGGAGACUUUUAGGAGGGCUCAUGGGUUUUUGGAUAAGUACUUUUAG